AUGCCAAUCAAUACCAGCUUUAAAGUGAAUCAAGAUAUGGCUGUAGAAGCUCAGCACAGCAUCCGAAAAAUGCCAUCUUCCAUUGGCACCACAUCAAAAUUACCGACAUCUGGAUUACCAACGAGAAAACAAUCAUGUAUCGAUAUCUCUAAUACCGGUAACAAUAAAAGCACGCCUCCACCGCCUCCCUCUGCACCUCCUCGCUUAAAGAAAACCAAAAGCAAUCAAUCUCUCAUGUCUACAUCUACUACCACGUCUGCUGGAAGCAGGCCCAGUGUGGAGUGCACUAAUAAGUCUAAUAGUAACAGUAGCAGACUGCGCCAACCCUCUCCUGCUAUUUCUCAUACUAAACUGCUUGUCAGGAGCGAAAGUAACUCAUCGCUCCAUCAGCAUGUAAAUAAGAAAAAAAGCCUCCCAAAUAUACCUCCUCCGCCACAUUCCACAACCAACAGUAGCAGUGGAAACGAUGAAGAUGAUGAAACUAAAUCCUUUCUCACAAGAACUUCAUCAAAUGGAAGCACAGCUACUAUUGACAAGCGAAGCAGUAGACGUAAAAGUAGUCUAGUUGAGAAACGAAAGAAAUCGACUACAGCAGUAAAUGAUCAAUGCGGAGACAACUUUGUCAUGGAGAUGCUCAGGGACGAAUUAGAACGUGAAAAAUCCUCAACAAAAGCACUACAAGGGCAGAAAGAUGGUAUAUUUGCACAGUGCCUAACCCAUCUAGAAGUGAAAUUAACUAGUCUUUCAGCUAUUUCUAAAGAUUUGGACUAUUUCUGUAACCUGGUGGACGAAGUGACCGAAGAAAAAGAUGAAUACAAGCGUAAAUACGAGGAUGAAAAGAAUCAAAACAAGCAACUGCAAAAGACAAUUAGAGACUUGGAAUUAAGGGCUUCUUCAUCAUCUUCCAUGACAUCCAGGGAUUGUUCAGGAGAAGCUAUAGCCCAGUUACAAACUGAAUUACAAAACUUGCAGCAACAAACAACAGAGGAACAGUAUGCAUAUUAUAACAAUUUGCAGUAUAAAAACGAAGAAAUCAAUGUGCUCAAGACAGAACUGAAGCAAGCUCAGCGGCAGAUCCAAGUGCUUCGCAAAACCAUGGAACAAAUGCUGAGAGCAGAAGGAGGAGGAGAUGAUUUUGAACCUAGAAAAAGUUUCAUCGUGGCAGAGCCAGCAACAGCAAAAGGAGAACACAAAUGCCUGCUGCUACAAACAGGCUAUCACCCAGAUCACAGUAACUCAACAAGCCCGCCAUCGCCGUUGCCAUGUUAUCAUAAUGAGCUGCAUGAUGAUGAUGUAUUGUCCAUCUCAUCUAAAGACUCGUAUCAUAGCAACAAGAGCCAUCACCAACUGAAAUUACAGUACGAGUUUCUAAAGUACGAUGAUCAGGACCAUCAUCAACUGUCGUCGCUUGCCAAAAGGAGAUCAGAAGAUUUUAGCAAGAAGAUCGCCAUGUCGAGACGACGAAAAGAUCAACUAGAAGAGAUGCUUGGUGAAGUGGACACUCAAUUGAACAGAGUCAAGCAAAAGAUCAGACCUUCCCCGUAA